ACCAUGAUAAAGCCAGACCUUGCUCAACAUUGCGGUGCCAGAUUUGUCCAGCAGUCGUCUGCUAUCAGGGAUAUAAACCUUUCAUUUAUUCUGAGUCUGCCUCAAAUGGUGAAACUUUGUAACAUAUUAAUACCCGAGAUAUAACUUCUGUGGAUUUAAUAAGACUACUACAGUUUAUUACUUAAGGAAAAAAGUCUUACAUUGUACAAAUCUUGCAUUGUCUUGCAUAUCCUAUGAUACUUAUAGCAAUUUCCCAGUACUGUACUAGUUACAGCCUAAUCAAGGGCUUGAUAAAUGUUGAUCAGUUAAUGAGUAAAUCAGCUGAGCUCCUAUUGGAAUAGAUCAACUAAAUGUAUAGGUUUGGGAGACACUUACUUAUAUAAAUAUCACACCUUAGAGCAUUGUAUUAGCCUGGCAUUAGACAAUAGUCAGGUGUACAGGUGUCUGUUACCUGGGGUAUGACUCUACCAUGUCACCCUGCUGCCUGGUACCGUUGGUUAGUUCCCAUCACAAGAGGUCAGGUUGGGUUACACACACACCCCUGCAAAAGACACCUGCUCAUAAAUAGCGGCUCAUCAAUAAUUCCUGAUCUGAUGGAGGCACCGUGUGUAGCCUCAUGUGUACGGACCAGAAUUGCGUUCAACAAGGCAAACAGUGUGUGAACGUAUGCUUGGUUGAACGCGUCUCAGCUCCUGUAGAGCUCCGGCUAAAGAGGACCUACGAUGGACAUAUCGGUUCUGCCCAACAACAACCACCCGGAUAAGUUAUUUCAGCUGGACGUGGGGAUGCUGCCGGCCACCCACGGAAUGUUCCAGGUCGGGGCAGCUCUGUCGGGUCAGAGGCAGUGGAGUAACCAAGUCUAUCAACAGAGGGAACGUAGGACUGUGAGUGACACUAGGCCUUCCCCGUCCCCCGAGGGCAGCCCUGUGGUGUUUGUGGACAGAUACCUGGAGAAGCACAUCACGCCGCACACCUUGAAUUCCAAGAUCAAGAGGAACCCUCUGUACACAGACAUAAGGACUAUAGACAUGGGGGAGAACCAGAAGUCCAAACCCUCCUGGACCAUCCAGGAGUUUGACAGACACUCAAUCCACUCCAACCUGGCAGGCUAUCUAAAGGAAGAAGAAAAAGGACCCCGGGAUCUAGAUUUUUGGUUGGAGGAUGUCUACACACCUGGUUACGACUCCUUGUUGAAGAAGAAAGAAGCAGAGAUUAAAAGGAACAGACUUUGCAAAAUACUGACCUACGUCAUUCUGUCAGCGUGCGUCAUCAUUAUCAUCAUCACAGUGCCAAUUGUAGUCACCAGAAAUGUAAAUAAACCGUGACUGAUUUGUAGAA